AUGGCUGAAGACGUUUUCGAAGUCGACUCGAUUCUCGCCAAGCGUGUGCGGAAUGGCCAGACAGAGUUUCUCGUUCGCUGGCAAGGAUUCUCAAAGUCAGCAGACACCUGGGAGCCGCCCGAGAACAUCCUCGAUCCGCAACUGAUCGCGUUGUUCGAAGAGUCCUCGCUCAAGUCAACACCAGCGGCGCCACCUGGCAAAGUCAAGGCAGCCGCCAAGGCCGCUGGCAGCCAUGUCAAGAGUCCUGCAGUAGGAACUAGACAGGUAUCAGCUCCUGCUGGCACUCCUAGUCCUCGCUCGCGUCAUCACGCGCACGGCGACGACGAUGGCGCCGAUGAGGGCGCCAACGACGAGGACGCUCGCUCCAAAGCCUCCGCCAGAUCGCGGCAGAGGAGUAGAUCGAGCGAUGCACGUGUGAGGGCUGCUCCCAGUCCUCGAUUUGUCACAGCGGACGAGAGCGAGGAUUCAGAGCAAUUCCAAGAAGAAGAGUCGUACGAGCAGCCUCGCUCGCGCCGAAAGCGCGGGUCGAGCAAUGUCCGUGCCGCAGCCGUUUCCAACUCUCGGCAUGCCAUAGCGGAGAGCAAGGAAUCGGAAGAGCUUGAGGACGAGCAACCUCGAUCGCGCCAACAGCAUCGAAAAGCAUCGCAACCCCACCGCAUCAGCAAGAGUCAGCACCGCCAGCAACAGCAACGAAAAUCUGACCAGGCCGACUUCCUCUCAUCCGAUGAUUCGGGUGAUGCGCCAAUACGCGCUGCGAGUGUUCGGCCCGGCAGCAAUCUCAGCAGCGAAAACAACCGUAGCAAGCCUCGCAGAGCAGCGGCGGCGUCCUCGAAAGCCGCCCAAUUGCCGGAAUCGGACGACGAUGGUAGUGAAGACAUAAGCCUCGUCGAGGAUGAUCGUAACGAAGAAGAUGCUAUUGACGGCGCGAGCGAGGAAGACGGUACCAUCGACGAUGGGGAGGAUUUGAUGCAAGUGCCAGAGCACUUUGAUCUCUCGUCGUCUCCGAAAGGCAAAACCAACAAGUCACCAAAUCGCAAACCCACCACUGGCAGUAAUCAUUCCGCUGCUGCCGCCGCUGCCGCCGCCGCCGCCGCCGCGACAUCGACAAAACCUGCCCGCUCGGUCGUAAAGCCCAAAGUCAAGCAACCCGCCAAGCGCAAGUCCCACAAUAUUGAACUCGACGAAGAGUUCUUCCUGAGCGCCAAACAACGCCAGCAGCGUGACAACGCCGGCGCCAGUCCUAGCAGCGAGAGCAGUGAUCGUUCCGAUUCCGAGGAGGAAACGACGGUCGACUCCGACCUCAACGAAAGUCUCUCGGCCGACGAACAAGUCGACCACGAGUAUGGCCAACGCCGGUCAAGCACGCGCGGUGCUUCUUCCCGCCUGUCGGCGUCACGUCAACAACCGCAGCCCAAGCCGCUGCCAAAAUCAGCACCAAAAUCUGCGCCGCGACAACAAUCAGCUUCUCGACAAGAGCAACAGCUAGACGACGACAGCUGGGACGAGGCUUCCUUGGACGAGACUGCUCAGCAUGAUCAGUCAGACUCGGAGGACGAAACGUACUCGAUCAAGUCAAAGCCAAAAUCAGCUGGCGGUCGUACAAGGAACGGCUCCACGACGUACUCGCUUCGCCAAACCAAAUCUGCAUCAUCAAAAGACCAAGCCAAACAGGCUGCGGCAAACGUCAGUCGAUGGAAACACCAGGAUGUCUGUCAUGUGUGCUCCUCUGGUGGGCCUGCCGAACUCAUGCUCAAGUGCAAUGGCUGCCCCUCGGUCUACCACACGUUCUGUUUCAAACCGGCCAUCGACCCAUCUCGCAUUCCCGCCAUGUGGUACUGCCCACGCUGCAAUCCCCAAUGCGCGAUUUGCGAUUUGUCACACAAGCCCCUCCCAGCGCCCGCCUCCACCAACGAAGCUGCCGUCAUGGACGUUUCACCGCCAGACGCCUCAGACUCUGCAGACGCCGCCCUCCCUGCCCCCGAGCUUGCCCUCCCUGCCCCCAAACUUGCCCUCCCUGCCCCCGAGCUUGCCCUGCCGACAGCAACGGAGGCGCCACCUCAACCGUCUCUCAGCGACGAACCGAUGCGGCGUUGCUAUGCUUGUCAAGGCUGGUUCCACAAGACGUGCUUGCGUGCUGGCACGUCCGACCUCGGCCACUUGAUCAACCCAACCACAGACCACCGCGACCGUGUCUACCCUCACCUCAAUCGCCGAUCGUUGACCUUGACGACGGUGCGCCAGUCGCGACUCGAGCCCUGGGAACGGCCGCGCAUUCCGGGUCCGUUUACAGAGCGGGAUUAUGCGAUUUGGGCGGACGUUGAUGCAUCCGAUGACUCUGAUUUUGUCGUGUCCGCGAAAGUCGACUCGACCAUCAUUUGGUUUUGCAUCGACUGUUCGUUCUGGCCCAACUCGCUCGAAUCUAUUAUCACGCACCGGUUUGUUCGACCUCCUCAACGUCAUGAAACUGGCGUCGCGACUGAUGAUGAUGCUGCUGCUGCUGCUGCUGCUGCUGCUGCUGCUGCUGUUGCCGCUGGUCUGUCGCAGCCCCACACGGAUGUCAUGCCGCUGGUUGGAACGGAUGGCAAAGCCGCCACCGCUGCCUCUGCUGCUGAACCACCCUCAGCAACUGCUGCAACGUCAGCUUCUUCCUCCUCUGCGAUGGAGAAGGGUGCUGUGGCGGGAACAACGUUCUCACGCAACCAGGCCCAUCGAUUGACACUGCAAACGGCGCGCCCUGACGUUGCCGAAUUUCUCGUCAAGUGGAAGCACCUCAGUCACCGCCACGAUGAAUGGGUGCCAGGGUACUGGCUGAUGCGCAUGGACCCGGCUCGUAUUCGCUACUAUGUUCGCAAGUUUUCCCAGGUCAUUGUGCCGCAAGACGAGUACCAGGCCGUGAGAAGAGAUUGGCUGCAGGUGGACCGAAUCAUUCAGCGAGACCCUGACGACGGCGGCGGCGACGACGACGACGACAAAGACGAUGUUGCGAGCAUUGUCCAGGUCAAAUGGGUCGGCCUGGCGGUCGAACAAGCGACGUGGGAAGAGGAGGCACACAUUUUUGCCGAUCCGCAAGGGCGUCAAGCUCUCGCUCGCUUUCGCGGCAAAUCAAACCCCGUUGAUUUUGUCAAGUUGAGCACCCCGGUUUGGCCCGAGCGGGAAAAGUACCGUCGCAUGUUUCAGCCGGACGACAAGGGUCCCGAGUCCUUCCGUGCGUUGAAAGUCCAGCCGGACUUUUUGGUCGGGCAGUUGAAGGACUACCAACUCGAUGGUGUCAAUUGGAUGCUGUUCAACCGCCGGCAGGGCCACCAUUGCAUUCUGGCCGACGAGAUGGGCCUGGGCAAAACAGUGCAAGCCGCGGCAUACAUGGGCAUUGUGCAUGCCGUGACCCAAGAGUACCCAUUUCUUGUGGUGGCGCCGCUCACAACCUGUAGCAACUGGGAGCGCGAACUUGCUACUUGGGUGCCCCAUCUCACCACCAUCAUCUUCACCGGCAAAAACGUGUCUCGAACGCUCAUGACCGAGACUGAGCUCAGAUUCCCUGGGACGGGCAACGGAAGGCGAGGAGGCCGGGGCCCGCCAAAGUUUCACAUCAUGGUCACCUCGUACGAGACGGCGUUGCGAGAGCGCAGCCUGCUUCAGUCGUUCGAAUGGAUGUCACUGAUUAUUGACGAAGGUCAUCGCGUCAAAUCGGCCGACUCAAAGCUCUUUGCCACUCUUCUCUCGCUUCCAGUCAAACACCGAAUCUUGCUCACAGGCACACCGCUGCAGAACAACAUGGACGAGCUCGCCAACCUGCUCUUGUUCCUCGACAAGGAGCGCUUCGCUCAGCAUUCCGAGUUUAUCCGUCAUCUGGACGACGUCUCAAAGGGCCUUCAUCGUCCGAUCAUGGAUCGCGGUUCCGCGCAACAGGAUGACGCGGCGACGACGCCAAGAAACCGCUCUUCUCUGGGCAACAAGAAGAAGGCUGCAUCUCCGCCAGUGGCCAACGAGGUUGUGGCAAUAAUACCAGAUGAGUCGGAACCCGAGGCGAUGGACGUCCGGCCAGAUGGUGAUGAUGUUGUUGGUGGCACGGAGGAUCAUGCCCAGGCAAUGGAGCUGGAUGCGGAGGAGGCGUCAGAAGACCCAGCACACGCAAAACAGCAGCAGUCCACCGCUGUUUCGGCUGUCACCAGUGAAGAAGGCGCGGAAAGUCCCGUGGAGGCAAUGGUGCUCGAGCAGGACGCGCCCACGUCUGUCACUACUAUGGCUGGUGAAGCGGCCGUGCAGGAUGCACCCGCUCCUGCUGUCGCAGAGCUCACCUCCACAGACACUGGCAUGUUGUCGUCUCCGACGCAAGAAGCGGCCGGCGAAAACCCGACGCAGGCAGACAAAGUGAUGCAGCUGCACGAGCUCAUUCGCCCGCACAUUUUGCGACGCUUAAAGAAGGAUGUGCUGAAAAUUCCGCCAUGUGUGGAGGUCGUUGUGCCCUGUCGCAUGUCCUCCUUGCAGCGCGAAUUGUACAAGGCCCUCCUGUUUGAGAACGUCACCUACCUCGCCACACUCUCAAGCACAGGCAAUAAACCCGGCCACAAGUCUGCCUUGAACAACGUGCUGAUGGAGCUCCGCAAGAUUCUCAAUCAUCCUUUCUGUCGCGACGGGAUUGAACCCGAGUUUGCCACCGAAGAGGAGAUGAACACUGCGCUCAUUGAGGCGUCUGGCAAGCUGCUGCUUUUGCACAUCAUGCUUCCUCGUUUGCUCGCGGCUGGUCAUCGUGUCUUGAUAUUUUCCACCUUCAAGAUUGUGCUGGACGUGCUGCACGACUAUCUCAUUGCCAACGGCUACCCCGACUUUUGCCGUUUGGACGGUGACUCGCCGUCCGACACGCGUCAGCACCUCAUUGACCGCUUCAAUCGACGCGAAGAAGGACUCAACAUUUUCAUGCUCUCCACGCGUGCCGGUGGCCUGGGUAUCAAUCUGUACACUGCUGACACUGUCAUUUUGUUUGACUCUGACUUCAACCCGCAAGCCGAUCAACAGGCGAUUGCGCGUGCACAUCGUCAUGGCCAAACCCACCCUGUCGUGGCCUACCGCUUUGUGACUGUCGGAACGGUUGAGGAGGCCAUUUGGACCCGCUCGCAGUCGAAACUUUUCUUGGAGCACGUUGUCGUUGACUCGAUGAGCAAGUCCAUCAACUCGAACGACCUCGAUCGGCUCUUGCGUUUCGGCGCCGAAGAGCUGUUCGCCGAGCCCGGCGAUAACAACAACCGCAAGCCAUCCAGCAAGAAGCUUGUUGCUGCCAAGUACGAUCCACAGCUGCUGAACAACCUGCUCGAUCGUGAAAAGAUUGUUGCCGACCACGCCAAGGAAAAUAAUGACACCAACGAGGGCAACGCUGAUCAGGCUGCCAGUGGCGACAAUCCUUCCCAGCUGAGCCUUGGUCUUGUCUUCAAGACGGCGAAAGUUUGGACGGAUGAAGAUGCGGCUGAUGCCAACAUCAAGCCCAUGGACGGCGCGUCUUCUACCGGUCCCGUGAGCGCUGAAAUGUCAGUCAACCCGUCGCCUACCCCCGCCACCGUCGCGGCAGGCGCCAGCAGUGACGAAGGCAAAGCAGCAACAACAACAACAACAACAACAACAACAGCAACUUCCGGCCAAGCCUCCGAGUUCUGGGACCGUCUUAUUCAAAACCGACAGCGUGAAGAGGACACAUCCAAAGGUACUCUCGACAUGUUUUCGUCAGAUCUGACCUUGGAACAGCUCGAAGAGUAUGGCAAAGGAAAGCGCCGGAGGAAGAAUGUCGGUUACUAUGGCGUUGCGACAUCUGGUGCCGGCACUUCGGCCUCAACCAGCGAGGACCCCGGUAGUGCUCGAAUUUCCGCCAAACGACCGAUGGGUGCUGAUGGACCUGACGCGUCGGAGAGUGUUGUUUCUCCUGUCGGCAAGAAGCUACGGCCAGACAUUCUCGAGUUUAUUUGUGAAGAUGGUGGCGACACUAGUCCCGAGGGAGACUCUGAUGACGAUGACUUUGACCCUGCGCAAGAAGCAGUUGCCCAACAAGCCGACCCAAUGACGCUUGAGGUCGCCGAUGCCGAUGAGCUUGACUCUGAGCAAGAAGUCGCCCAAGUCAACCUCGUGGUGAGUAGUGACGCCGCGGGCUGGUCGUCAUAUGCACCUGCUGCUGCUGCUGCACCUCCGUUGGUGAAGAAACGCCAAGUCGACCCAGUGGUGCAUAGUAACCCCGCGGGCUGGUCGUCAUUUGCACCUGCUGCUGCUGCUGCACCUCCGUUGGUGAAGAAGCGCAAGUCGCGAGCCAAGCAGAAUGUCGCUGCGAUCGCCGCACCUGCCAAUCCCAAACUCAGCGCGGCUGCAGUCCAACCAGCCGCAACUCCCCUUCCACACAUCGCGGCUGCUCCCAAUGCCAACGCAUCACCAGCCUUUCAAAACGCAUCACCAGCCUCUCAAAUCGGCUCCCGUGCACGCGCCCCAACCCAAAAGCAGCAGCAGCAGCAACUGCCGAUGGAGCAUCAGCAAGUACUUCGUCUUGCAAGUACGUUGAACCCAUCAGCAUACCUUCACCCCGUCGGACAUCAGCUGCUUUACAACUGUCGUUCGCUCGUGGCGCAAGAUCCCUCAAAUGGCACUGCGCUAUUGACGUCUGUCGGCGCGCAGUUUGCUCGAGUUGUCCGAGAGUGGAGCGAGAACAAUCUGUCAAUGCUGGGCAUGCCCUUGCCCUACUACAUUGAGUUGCAAAAGCGGUUGUUCGCCCGCGUUGCAGUCACAUUGUUUGGGCAGAAUCCGACCGGUCCCGCAAGGCCGCAGGAUGGCUCGAUGGCGAGCGUGUCGCGACCUGCAUCCGCACCGCUGCUCGCACCAUCACCGCAACCUCAGCCAGUCGCAGCACCGCCGAGGGAUGUCCUCCAUGGGCUACACUCGUCGUCAGCACCACCGCCUCAACUCGAUUCGUCCGAGCCUGCUCUCGUGGUCUCGCUUGUCCCCACUUGGUCAGCCCCCGACCCAGCAGCGGUGCUGCGUGCGCUCAACGAAAAGCCCGAAGCCCACGAGCUGCCGUUGGAGUUGAUCUAACACCGUGCGCCGUUUUUUUUUUUCUUUUUUU